UAAAUCCUGAGGAAGACUCUUAAGGAAUAGAAGUGUAAAGGGUAUUCAGGCUUGAAUCAACGAUUUCUAGCUAAUUUUUUUUAUUCAUUUCUGAUACUCACUAGUGAAAUUAUGUCACGCAUUAGUGAAGGGUAUUUCUGCGACUUGCAACUAUCUUGGAAAAGUUCUGAGAGAAAAUAUUUGUGCUACGUUUUUUAGCAUCCACUGUGGAUUAAAUUUCUCCGAGUUUCAGUUGAACAUUCUCUAUCGCUGUAUUAAGCUGCUAAGAAACUUAAUAAUUUUGAGAGGGAAAAACUGUAUUUGACAAAUAUGAAAGUAAAAUGAUAAGACAAUAUUAAUUAAAAAAAUUUGUUUAACAGUUGUCAUCACACAGUAUUUUACAGCUGCAUUCUCUAACCAAAUAAUGUUGAAGUCUCUUGAAUUCUUGGAAUGUGGUUUGGUUAGGCCAAAUUCUUUUCGAAGUGCUAUCACAUUAAAUCGUGUAAUUGAUCUGGAGCUGAGCAACCACAGCAGUUUAGAACCUUGUCAUACAGCUGGUGUUAGAAGCUUAGAUAUAGAUAAAAUAGAUGAAAGAUACUUAUUGUCUGGUGGAAAGAAUGGAGCUUUAUAUAUUCAUGAUCUUUUGAAUUCUACUGGAAGAGCAUCUUAUGUGUCAAAAGCUGUGUGCAAAAUUCCCUAUGUGCCGCCAUUUUCAAAAUGGCUGUUGCCUUUUGCAUAUUAGCUGGGCACAAGAUUAGUCACCAAUGAAUUGCUGACUUUUUGGAGCUUCGUACAGAUAACCAGAAAGUACCAACAAGUAUGUA